AUGAGCUGCCUCAGAUCAACAGAAAGUUUUGAAUUUGACGUUCAGUCUCAAAUUGAACUUUUAUCGGAUGACGCGACGCUAGAGAACAAAGAACGCAAUUCAUUUGAGAUGGAAUACUACAGUAUUAGAUCGCAAAUAAAGGAAAUUGUCAACGUUCAAAAUUCCCAAGCCACAACAUUAAUAAGCAAUCAAUUUGUAGAGUUACCACAUUAUUCUAACCAUGCUCGGCUACCACCUAUUUCACUCCCAACAUUUGAUGGCAAUAUACAAGAAUGGGAAUCGUUUUUUGACUUCUUCAAGGCCACAGUGCACAAUGAGGACGCAUAUCCUCCAGCUCAGACGUUUUCAUAUUUACGUUCAUCAUUAGUCGGUGCGGCAUUGGACGUCAUAAGAGCGAUUCCGAUGACUGAGGCAAAUUACGACAUUGCCUUGAAAAGAUUAAAACAGCGUUAUGAAAAUAAGAGCAUGAUUAUUCAGUCUCAUAUACGUGCUUUAUUAGAUUGUCCACAGGUAGAGUCUACCUCUGCAGGUGAACUGCAAUCAUUGCAUUCAAGGGUUGCAUCUCAUACUGUGGCAUUAGAGGCGUUAGGCCAACCUGUAGUACAGUGGGAUGCGUGGCUUGUGACCAUUAUACUCAGAAAGCUCGAUCAUGCAACAGCCCAAGAAUGGCAACUACGACGUAAGGAUACUCAGCUGCCCACAUAUAAGGAACUAGAGGAAUUUCUUGCUAGUUGGUGUGUGGCUCUUGAAAGCACAGAAGCAUUCAUGAAUAAGAACGAACUGAAGAAGAAGUCAAGCAUUAAUCAUCUUGGAAAAAGGGUAACUUUGGCAGCAAUAGAGACUAAAUCAGAGAAAUGCGCAUGCUGCUCUCAAACGCAUAGGAUUUAUGCAUGCAAAAAGUUUAAGGACUUGCCCCAAUCAGAACGUAUUAACGUUGUACGGUCUGCUCGGAUGUGUUUCAAUUGUUUGAGUUCAUAUCAUAUGGCACCCCAGUGUCAAUCGAAAUCCACUUGUCAAGUUUGCAGAGGUAAGCACAAUACGUUGCUGCAUUUUGAAAAAUCAAGUCAAGGUGAAACUUCGGGGGCAGUACACAGAGGGAAACCUCAUGAUGAGGACGAUUCGGUUAACAGCGAGCAAGUUGGUAGUGAGGCAAUACAAGCUCAUUCGUAUAUAGCAGCCAGACCUAAGCAUAGCCAUAUAUUUCUAUCAACCGCUGAAGUAUUGGUGACAGACAGUAAGGGCUGCAAACGUAAAUGCAGAGCAGUCUUGGACAGUGGGUCCAUGAUAAAUUUUGCCUCCAGGAGUCUUUUAAACGCACUACAACUUCCUACAAGGAAAACUGAAUUGCCAAUCAGAGGUGUGGGAGCAAGUCAAAUCCAGUCCGUAGCUCUAGUAAACAUUCAAGUGGAUUCAAGGGUCGGCAAAUUCCAAGCAAGAUUACCGUUUUACGUGUUACCAACAGUGGUAGGCGAUCUCCCUUCAUGUCCAACACCAAGGGAUGGCUGGGACAUCCCUCAGGAUCUAAUAUCCAAAUUAGCAGAUACCAAGUUUCAUGAGGCCGGAACAGUAGAUCUUCUCAUAGGAGCAGAGAUAUUUUAUCAAAUAUUGGAAAGGGAGCGCAUUCCGUUAAGGACCAACAGUCUAACCCUACAAGACAGCAAAUUUGGCUGGCUUGUAACCGGGAAAAUUGAUCAAAUUUGUCUCAUUAAUAUAAACACAACACCGGAUAGCGAUGAGUCAUAUGGAAAAACAUCUAAGGCAAACCAAUGCGCAAUCGAGGAAAAACAAGCUCUGCAACACUUUCAGAACACAGUUACAAGGAAUCACGAAGGUCGUUUUGUUCUACAGCUACCAGUAAAGUCAGAAGUUCGAAAUCUAGGACAAAGUGUCGGCAUAGCUACUUCUAGAUUCAUGAAUAUUGAAGCACGAUUACAACGGGAUUCAACUUUACGGACAGAGUACCUAAAAUUUAUGAAGGAAUAUUUGACUAUGGGUCACAUGCGGUUGGCUCCGGAUGAAACAAGGAUUCCUGAACGUUCCUUUUAUCUGCCACAUCACGCCGUAUUUAAGAGUUCGAGUCUAACUUCAAAGACAAGGAUAGUCUUUGAUGAGUCAGCCAAGACAACUACUGGACUGUCUCUUAAUGAUGUUCUAAUGCGAGGACCAACUACACAAGAUGAUAUCUUCUCUAUCCUCACUAGAUUUCGGAAGCAUCAGUAUGUCAUCACAGCGGACAUUGAGAAGAUGUUCCGUCAAAUUUCCGUGGCCGAGCAAGAUUGGGACUUACAAAGGAUUCUUUGGCGCAGCGAUCCAAGCGAGGCCCUACGUACCUAUCAGCUGGUCACCGUAACGUAUGGUACUACUCCAGCCUCAUUUAUGAGCACGCAGUGCCUAACAUCACUAGCACAAGACAUGGAAAAACGACUCCCACGUGCUUCUAAGACCAUAAUACGAGACUUCUACAUGGAUGAUCUCAUGACUGGCGGUGAAACGCAAGAGGAAUGUGUACAACUGCACAAAGAGAUUAUUUCAAUUUUAGAUUCUGCAAGACUACCACUUCGUAAAUGGUGUUCCAAUUCUUCUCAUGUCUUAAAACAGAUAGGAAGGGACGUCAGAGAUCCCUUGUUCACACUAGAUAUAGGAGACGACGAAACCAUAAAAUCUUUAGGUUUAAGUUGGACACCAUAUGCAGAUGACUUCCGAUUCUACGUCACCAGAACGGUUGACGUCGACAAGGUAACCAAGAGAACGUUGCUUUCGGAUCUGAAUAAGGUUUUUGACUCUCUUGGAUUUCUUGCUCCGGUAAUUAUAAAGGGAAAAAUAUUCCUUCAGCAAUUGUGGCAGCUUAAAAUAGAUUGGGAUACGCCACUCCAAGACGACAUAAAGCAAAGGUGGCAACAGUAUUACACGCAAAUCGAAAAUUUAAAGGAUCUAUCCAUCCCAAGGAAGGCCAAGCCUGGUACGCCUGAUAUGUUUGAACUACAUGGAUUCUGUGAUGCUUCAAUUGAGGCUUACGGCGCUUGUGUCUACGUACGAUAUCUUGGUCAAGAAGGUAAAUGGCAAUCAAGACUUCUCUGUUCAAAAACAAGAGUAGCUCCAUUAAAAAGUGCCACCAUUCCACGUCUAGAGUUAAGUGGAGCGCUAUUACUCGUUCAAUUGUCUGUUAGAGUAUCGCAGUCCUGGGGUAUAGAGGUAAAGCAAUUUAAACUUUGGUCUGACUCUAUGGUGGUGCUUGGUUGGUUGAAUAGUGAAACAAGUAGACUCAAGACGUAUGUUGCCAACAGGGUAGAGCAAAUAUUGGAAGGAACAGAUGUAUCUCAGUGGCGAUAUAUAAACACCAAGGAUAACCCAGCAGAUAUAAUAUCCCGUGGGAUUGACGUACAAGAGCUGGCACGAAGUGUGAUGUGGUGGAAUGGUCCAUCCUACCUCAGCUUACCUGAAACUCAAUGGUCACAUCCAACAAUUAAACUAACACCAUGCUAUGAACUCCCAGAACAACGCCCAGUCAAAUUGGUUUUGGUUGCAAUCGAGGAGUCAAUGGACAUUAUCAACGCGUAUUCGAAUUGGCGGGCACUUGUUCGUGCAGUUGCCUGGUUGUCACGGUUUUACAAUUACCUCAAAAACAAGAGAUCAAUACAAGUUCAAGGAUUCCUGACACUAAAAGAGAUCAAAUCGGCCGAAGUUAUAAUUUUGAAAAGAACACAAGGCGAUGCAUUCCAUGAUGAAUUGAGACAGUUGAAACUAGGAAGAGACAUUGCGCGAAACAGCCCGCUGAAGACACUUAAUCCAUUCCUGAAAGAUGGGUUAAUCCUAGUUGGAGGUCGGUUACAAAAUUCAAAUUUGAGAAGGGAACAAAGACACCCAGUAGUGCUGCCAUAUAACCAUAAAAUCACUAGGUUAAUUUUCCAAGCUCACCAUCAGAAGAUGCUUCACUGCGGACCACAACUUUUACUUUCAGAGAUCCGCAAUCUGUAUUGGCCACUGAAGGGUAGAUUAGUAGCACGUUCAACUACACUACAUUGCGUCCAAUGCACCAGAGCCAAACCUACCUUUCAAACUCCCUUGAUGGCACCACUCCCGAAGCAGAGAGUACAGUAUUCUAGACUAUUCACUAUAACUAGAGUAGAUUUCGCCGGACCCUUGACCAUAAGAAGUGGCGUUCGUGGAAGAGCAAACAUGAAGGCUUGGAUAGCGCUUUUUAUUUGUUUUGCUACCAAGGCCAUACAUAUUGAGGCUGUAGAGGAAUAA